UCUUACUGGUGCAAUGUGCAAUCAAUGAUGACUGGUUACCAGGCUGGUCCAAUUUAGCCAUGAAACCUCCCACACUAAAAUGACAGGAGUUUCAGUUUCAUUGUCCAACCCUUGUAUGUUAUAUUUAUGCAUUACGUUUUGUUGGUCCAUCACUUAAAACCACCUAGAUCAAUAUUAUAUUUAAAGGGGUUUCAUAAUAUUCAAAACUAACCCAAUGAUUUUUUUAUACUCCUUGGGUGAAUUCAACUGUGAAAUUUUGCAUUUUGAUAUAUUCUGCAUCUCUGUCACUAAUCUCUGUGUUAUUUAUUCUGCCUUUGAGUUACUGUUCAGAUUCUAAGUGCUUUUGUUUCUUUGUUACUCCACCUUCUAUAAAAUUCCUUCAUUACUGAAGUUGAGCCGCGUUCAAAUAUUAAUGCAGCAGGAGUAAAAACGUGUUACCAGCUCUCAUGCUUUGUGAAUUUUCCCUGAACUAAUAUCUGAUCUGCCACCUGUCACCUUCUCACCAACCUCUCACCAACUAAGGUGUCAACAGGUCACCUGCGAGAACAGCCGACUGUGUAAUUGAAUCAUGAAAAAGAUGAGCUCUGUGGUCAUUGUUAAUGAGGCUUGGAGGUGUUCUGCAGCUCGUUUUGCAGCUCUGCACUCUCAGGUCUGUCACCAUCCUCUUCAGGUUUGGCUGAUUCUUUGUCAUGUUUUCUACAAACAGCAUCAACACCAAAGAAAAUAUGUCAGAUGCACAGCCAAGUUUGCAUAUUUACAGCUCGCUAAACAAGCUUCUCACAAAGAAACCUAAACCUUCAUUAAAUCUUUAAGACGUCUGCAGCUCUGCUGGGAGGCUCUCAGAUAACAGGACAAGUGAGAGUGUUUCUGGGUCUCUGCUACCAAUGAAACCACAAUCAUCUGACAGCCUACACCCAAUGUUCUGGGAAUCAUCACCUCCAUGUAAAAACCAUGAUACCCCCCGCCCCCACAAGUCACAAAGCGACACAGCUUUUGUCUUACCUGCACCUUGCCAGCAACACCUGUUAUCACCUGCAGCCGUCGCCAUGGCAACAGAACCGUUGGACACCUGAGUUGAGUGCUGGCGAAGAGCCGAGGCAGAGCAGACGGAGGGUACGGAGAGGGACAGGCUGUUUUUUUGUGUGUGUUUCUCCACCAUGCCGAGAAGAAGCACUGCUGCAGAAGAAGUUGGAAUAGAGAUAGAUGAAGAUGUGAGCGACAGCGAUGAUGGGGGCAACAGGAGGAGAGCAAACAGGAAGCAGGCAGGUGGCCGAGGAAGAGGAGGAGGAGGUGCAAAAGGAAGAGGCAGAGGCAAAAAGGCAGACAGCGACGAGGAGGAUGAAGAGGAUGAGGCUCCAAGAGGACGAGCAAGAGGUGCAAACAGGAGGAGGCCUGCCAAUAAACGGGGCGGUGGUAAAAACAACGAUGAUGACAGCGAAGACGAGGCUCCCAAGAAGAAGAGAGGAGGAGCAGCAAACCGGAAGAAAGGUGGCAAAGCCCAAGAAAGUGAGGAGGACGACAGUGAUGAUGAGAAAGGAAAGAAGGGAAAGAAAGGAGGAAAGAAAGGGGGGAAGGAGGAGGACAAUGGGAAGGGUAAGAAAGGUGACGUCAAAGGAAAGGACAAAGGGAAAGACAAGGAUGAUGACAGGAAGAAGAAGAAGAAGAAGGAUGACAGCUCAUCGGAUUCCAACUCAAACUCAGACGAGGAGGAAGAGUCCAUGUCAGAGGGGGAGAUGGCCCGGUUGAUGGAGGAGGUGGAGGAGAAGAAGAAACUGAUCGCCAACAUCAGGACCAAGCCUUGGAGGAUGAAGCGGAGGCUCACUCUCUUGAAGGAGGCUCAACAAUUUGUGGAUAAGUUUGAAGGAGCUCUAGGCAAAGGAAAAGGCAGGAAGUGGUAUGCCUACAAAGUGAUGAUGACCAAGAAAUGGAUUAAGUUUCAGAGAGAUUUUGAAAAUUUCAAAACUGCCUGCAUCCCCUGGGAGAGAAAGAUUAAAGAGGUGGAAAGCCACUUUGGAUCAUCAGUUGCUUCUUACUUCAUCUUCCUGCGCUGGAUGUACGGCAUGAAUCUCGUCCUUUUUGGUCUCACCUUUGGACUGGUGGUCAUUCCUGAGGUCCUCAUGGGUCUUCCCUAUGGGUCUAUUCCCAGAAAGACUGUACCAAGAGCAGAGCAGGACACCGCUCAGGAUUAUUCAGUUCUUAUGGACUUCAAUGGAUACUGUAAAUACUCUGUCCUGUUCUAUGGAUAUUAUAACGACCAAAGAGCCGUCGGCUUGCUAAAGUUCAGGCUGCCGCUGUCCUACCUCAUGGUGGGGAUUGGGAGCUUUGGGUACAGCCUGAUGGUCGUGAUCCGAACAAUGGCCAAUAAUGCUGAUGUUGGUGGAGGAGAUGGAGAGGAGGGUGAGUUCACCUUCGCCUGGAAGAUGUUCACUAGCUGGGAUUACCUAAUUGGCAAUGCAGAAACCGCUGACAACAAGUACGCUUCCAUCACCACUAGCUUUAAGGAGUCCAUUGUGGAUGAGCAAGAGAACCAGAAGGACGAGAACAUUCACCUGCGGAGGUUUCUCAGGGUUCUGGCCAACUUCCUGAUCACCUGUAGUCUUGGUGGGAGCGGGUACCUUAUCUACUUUGUGGUGAAGAGAUCUCAGGAAUUUGCCACCAGGGAUGACCUCAGCUGGUAUGAGAAGAAUGAGUUGGAGAUCGUCAUGUCCCUGCUGGGUCUGGUGUGUCCUCCUCUAUUUGAGACUAUUGCCGAACUGGAAGACUACCAUCCUCGAAUCGCCCUUAAGUGGCAGCUGGGACGCAUCUUCGCCCUCUUUCUAGGAAAUCUCUACACCUUCCUGUUCGCCCUGUUUGAUGAGGUCAACAACAAGCUGGAAGAGGAACAAGCCAUCAAGAACGCCUCAAUCUGGGCCAUGAAGGAGUACUAUGCCAACUACACACGUCUGCUCAACGACACCGAUGCUACUCCACCUCCAAUGAACCCUGCGGAUGUUAUCAGAGGACCCUGCUGGGAGACUGCAGUCGGCAUUGAGUUCGUGAAGCUGACCGUUUCAGACAUUCAGGUGACCUACCUGACCAUCCUGAUCGGUGAUUUCGCCCGAGCCGUUAUUGUUCGUUUUCUCAACUACUGCUGGUGCUGGGACCUGGAGGCUGGAUUUCCAUCUUACGGAGAGUUCGACAUCAGUGGAAAUGUUCUUGGACUGGCCUUCAACCAAGGGAUGAUCUGGAUGGGAUCAUUUUAUGCCCCAGGGCUCGUUGGCAUCAACGUGCUUCGUCUCCUGAGCUCCAUGUACUAUCAGUGCUGGGCCGUGAUGGCCACAAACGUCCCCCAUGAGAGAGUGUUCAAGGCCUCUAAGUCCAACAACUUCUACAUGGGAAUUCUGCUCCUCAUUCUCUUCCUGAGCCUGCUGCCAGUUGUCUACACCAUCAUGACCCUGCCACCUUCAUUUGAUUGUGGUCCUUUUAGUGGGAAGGCAAAGAUGUUUGAUGUGAUUAUGGAGACAAUCAAUCUGGAUCUGCCAGCCUUCUUGGGGACCCUUUUCAGCUAUGCAGCGAACCCUGGCCUUAUCAUACCAGCUGUGCUGCUCAUGGUGUUGGCCAUUUACUAUCUGAACUCAGUCUCCAAGGCCUAUCAAAACUCCAACAUGGAACUGAAGAAGAAAAUGCAGAUGGCUCGUGAUGAAGAGAAGAAUCGAAGAAAUAACACAGACAGCACCAACCAGGUCAUGAAAGACCUGGAGGACCUGCUGCCCAACCGAUCCCUCAUUCCCCCUGCUCCACCGGAGCCCGAAAAACCUCCAGAGCCAGAGGCAAAGCCCACUAAGACAAAGCCUGGUUCAGCUGGAAAAGGAGUGAACUUACAGAAGGAUGUGGCUCUAGCGUCUUCCAACCCAAACAUACGAGGGCCAGUAGACCGGCCUCCAGGACCAAGAGGACCUGGGCCAGGUCCGGGUGCUGGAAGGGGUCGGGGCCGAGGGAGAGGACCCCCUCCCAGAUAAUGUUAUGAGGGAAAAACUGGUUUUCUCAAAAAGAAACAAAUUAGUUAAAGUAAAUAUGUAUAAACCCAUUUAGUAUUUCUUCGCUUAAGAUUUUUCCAAAAAGCUUAUCUCACGUUUAGAAAUAUGUGUGUAAAUAUGUCACACCCACUGUUGUAACCAUUUUAUUAACCCCAUGAAUCCUAAAUUUAUUACGUAAAAUAUUGUACAUUAAUUGAAAUAAGAAGUUAUUUGUCCUCAAAUUUUGUUAAUAAGUGUUAUCACCUUGCAUGAAGAUUGACUUAAAAACAUAAGAGUCUUUUGUCUUUUAUAAUUUGUGAUGUUUGUACUUUUCAGGUCUCAUGUAAAGAUGUGAAUGUAGUUACAGUGGAGAAAAUAGGUUGACUAAAGCAUGUCUGCUUUUGUUUAUAAAUACAUUUUUAAUGGGCCUAUUGACAUGAAACAACCAGACAUGGACUUCAACCCCUGUAACCCACACAUUCAUAAUUGAUUGAUUUUUUUGAUUUGAUAGUUUAUGUUGAACUCGGUGGGGAAAAAUGUAAAAAUAAUAACAGAAAUAUAUUGUACAAUAUACAGUAUGUAGUACAACAAUUAAGUGGAAUGGUGGGGGGGAAGUAUUGAACAAAGAAAAUAAAUUAAACAUGCUAGCUAAAAUGUAUUUAAUAUCGGUACUUAGUAUUUAUUUAAUUCUUGGUAUACAUGCUCUGAUCUUUAGUUAGUUCUGACCAGACUAUAUUUUCCCUAUAUUUUAUUGACGUGCAGCCAGUUCCUCCUUUGUCUCGCCAGUUUACAAAUAUUUUCACAAAAGUCUUGAAUCUCUCCCAUGGAUGCCAUUUUAGCCCAGUCUCUUUCUUACAGUUGAAUCAGUAACACAGACCUUAACUGAUGUAAGUCAGGACUUCAGUGCUUGAGAUGUUGUUCUCAUUUCUUUUGUAACCUUCUGGAUGUGUUCUUGAAUUUGUUUAGAUCAGGGCAUGAAGUGUUGUUUUUUUGAGAUCUUUUAGCCUACUUUAUGUUGUCAGUCAAGUUCUAUUUAAGUGAUGUCCUAAUUCUACAGGUCACUGGGUAUAGCUAACUUAGCUUUUAAAAGAAAUGUGUACAGACACUGUUCAUUCAUAGUUUAACAAGGAGUGUAGGUAUCUUUUACAUAUAGUACCAGGGUGGCUGUCUAAAUAUUUUACAGCAAACUUUAAAUGAGCUUCAACAUGUUUUUCUUCAGCAGUGGAGUUGUGUGCUGUAAGUGUUCAUAAAGGCUGUUAAGUGCUUCUUUUUAUAGAAAAACUAUGUCUGUGCACAGUGCUAGUGGUGUAGGGGGUUAGGUGUGUAACCCAUAUACAGAGCAGAAGUCCUUGAUCUGGCUGUCCUGGGUUCGAGUCCAGGCCCCGACAAUAUUUCCCGCAUGUCUCUCCCCAUUUCCUGCCUAAUUACUAUGGAAAAAUAAAGGCCACUAGUGCUGCAAAAAAAGAAAUAUGCCUGCUAACUCCAAGUGUUUCUGAAGCUCUAUGUGAGUGGUCCUUUUUAAAGACUUUCACUAUUGUUAGGCAACCUCUUGCAAAAUGUUCAUAUUUGUUCUUUGCUAUUUAUGAUUUGUGAAUAAACACUGUCAGCUUA